AUGGGUGCGACCAUGGGUGUUUCACGGUUCGUUGCGAAUCGAUAACGCGUACAGAGUAUCGAGUGAGCGCGACGCGGCGUCUCGAUCGAUCUAAGUAGUAGUAGCAGUAGUAAUAGUAGUAAUACUAGUGGUAGUAAUAGUAAUGUAGUAGUAGUAGGAACGUUCGCCGUACCAUUGCCCGACGCGGCGUCGGUGAAUCGUCGAAGGAGAUCGCCUGGCGCCGGUUAUAUCGUGCGUUCUCUCGCUAGUUCGAUCGCGUUGUGCCGCGCGUACUUCACUUGGACGCUCGGCGGCGUAACGCGACGACGGAAGUUAAGAAAAACGCGGCAAACGAGCGUGGAAGUGACUUGGAACUGGUCAGGCGGGAAAAACCAGGUCACUCGUCGUUGGUAUCGCGUGGUAUCGGUGACUGGAGGAGAAGACGAAAGAAACGAAAGUCGUAAAGGUAAAUGCGGCAAAUGCCGUUGACGCGCUUGCGCCUCACGGAGCACGGACGACCACGCGUUGCGACAACAGAGGAGCGGAAAGGGAGAGAGAGAGAGAGACACGCGGCGCAGUGUGAGAUUUUUGGAGGCGACGCGAGGUGGGCUGUGAGGGAGCUGCGACGAAGUUGCCGGCGAAUAAACGAGAGAGUAAAGAGAUACGAUAAUUGACUGCGAGUAAAACGAAUGAAAAAGAGAUGCUUCGUGUGUGCACGGCAUCGUGUAAAGUAUCUCGCGUGCCGGAUCCUAGGUUAAACGUAGCGCUACGGUGUGCGGUAGCUUUGAUCGAUUUGUUGUUUGGUGCAUAAUAACACGUGAUCGUCGAAAACGAAGAAGAAAUUGAAGCUGGUAUAGGAAGGAAAUGCGAAUUGGUGCCGGUUGUCUUCAUUCGCUCGUCGGAUCGAUGGAAGUCGGUGGUACAAAGUGGUGAAUUCCCUCCACGAGGAGACGGGAAUGAAAUCAAGCGCGUUUAUGGGUUAGUUAAGUGGAAUAAUUACGAUUACGGUCACGAUCACAGUCACCACAUUCAUCAACACAGUGAUAUCAUCACAGUUUUAUCCAAGAUAUGAAUCGUCGAAGUAACGAAGAAUAGGGAAUCGAAUCGAAAUUUAUCUUCUAAAGGAAGAAUCGUUGGUCGAUGAUUAUUCCACGAUCGUUUCCUUGCAACGGUGCGAAUCGUCGAUAGAUUUGGAAAGAAGGGAGAUUUAUCUGCAUCGAGGAGGAGGAGGAGGAGGAGGAGGAGAAGGAGAGACGGAAGUGAGAAGAAAAGGUGGCGAGAUCGGGCGAAAAGCAAAAUCAAAAGGGGAAGAUCGACGUCAGUAAUGAGACAGGGAAAGGAAAACUGUUGAAAGGCAGUCGCGAGACAGGGGCAGUGCCGUAUCCUGGGGGCCCAGGGUAUGCGCAAGAUCUAUUAAUAACUUGUAAUACAGUAGUAGUGGGGCGCUGUCCGCUAGCGGGUGAAAAUAGAAAAGAAUGUUUUUGGAAUCCAAUUGGACUUGGUUGGCCGAACGAUGGGGCAAUAUGGCCGACUUGGCCGAGCGGGUGGACGAUCUGAUAUGCAGUUUCGACUCGUCUGGUGACACGACCAUGGAUACCUUAUCGAUGCUCAUAUUCGGCUGGAUGUUGUUCGGAUUGAUGGUACUGUGUGUCGGCAAAUACGUUUACAAUCGAUUCGUUUUAAACGGGCUCAGUUCUGGGACAAUAGUUACCGCCAAGGACGGCCAUAUCGUCCACGGUGAUAGCGUCGGUGUCAGUGGUGGUGGUGCUGGUGGUGGUGGUGGUGGUGCCGGUGGUGGUGGUACUGGUGGUGGUGGAGGUGGUGGCGGUAGUGGCGGCAAAUUGCUUUUGCUUGGCAAGCAAAAAAUCGUUUCGGGGACCGGGGCAGGUGGUGGCGGCGCCGGUUCCGGAUCGCUCGCAUCCGUUGCUCAUCCGGCCGGUGGUGGUGCCGCCGGUCCAACUUCCGGCACCUCGCCUUACGUCCCGCCGACACCUCCUGUCCGCAAACGUCUCACGAGGAAGACAUCCGGCGCUUUGAUCAGCCCGGCGAGGAGUAGCAAAAGUUUGCAUCUACCGACGGCAACCGGUGCCGAUCCCGAUGCUGUCCGCUGGGUUAACGAGGUUAUCGUUUGGCUCUACUCGGAUCCAGCGAUUUUGGACGAGCUGUUGGCCGUUUGGGUCGCGUCUCUCAAUCAAUUUACCGCCAACUCUGUCGACGAGCACGGAGUCGGGGUCGAAUUCGUUCGAGUUUUACCUGAAACCCAUCCACCGAAUCUCUCCAACAUUUUUUGCGAAUGCGACUCGAAGGACGACGUGACGAUCACGUGCGAUUGCGAAGCCACUCCAGCCUUACAGUUAAAAGCAUUCCGCCGGAAAGCUGAGAAACUCGAAGUAAGUCACUAUCGAGUGAACGUGAACCGUUUCCGCGCCCGAUUGAACGUCAUCUGUAUCACGGAGAAGCUUCUCCUCGACUUGAAGUGCGACGGCUGGCCGGACGUGAAAGUUUCAUUGGCCCAAGUGGGCACGAUAAAGAAAGAUCUGGACGAGAGCCAGUUGCAGGAGGUCGUAACGGAAAUCGUGAUAGGAGCGUUAAGGGGGAUCAAUGUCCAUCUGAAUUUGUUCCAAUAUCCGAGCUGUCCACGGUUAUGGAGGGAACCGGCGAGCACCCAGCCAAGCUUCUCGAUCCCUAUGCACUACGACAACGUGCAUACGUCGAGCAGCUCGCUUCAAAGCUCGCGGCAACGGCUUCAGACUCAGAGCCCGACCCUGUCUCAAAACCAGUACGUGGUCAGCGACAGGCGGUUGCUCGUCAAAGUGGCGAGAGCCGCGGAAUUGGGCGGAGAGCAAGGCGCCGUGGAACCGUAUUGCGUCGUCGAAUUGGACGAGCCUCCUCAAAAGAAUCAAACGUCCGUGAAGAAGGACACUAGAAACCCGUCGUGGGACGAAGCGUUCUUAUUCGAUGUUAAUCGGAACACGUCGGAAGUAUUGUUGGAAGUUUACGAUCGCGCGAACAAAUCGCAACGAUUCUUAGGCCUGGGAAUCGUGGGGAUCGACGAGCUUCUCGCGAAUCCGAGUCAAAGGCAGAUAAUACCUCUUCAAAAUCGGCCCUACGAGGAAGAAGAUAUUACCGGCACCCUGACCGUUGAGUUUCUAUUCAUCGAGGGUGCGGAGGUGCCUCAAAUUGGGAACAAACCUUACAAGGUGAAGGAGACGAUAAAGCCGGUGUCACCGACUCCUCGUACCUACACCCCGACAAAUCUCAUCAGCGACAAUAAUCUAAAUUACAACAAUGGUAACAGCACACUUAUCUUGUACGACUCUACCGUUCAACCCGAAGGGGAUUACCUAACGAACGGGAACGUGGUGGACUCGCCUUACAGAACCGGUCAAAGCAACGGGAAUAAAGGAACGUUGAUAGUGCACAGCCAGCAAAGGCAGCCAGAGCGGCAGAUAGUUAAGGUCGCCCUAACGGAAAGUGGGAACUGGCAAGAGAUAUCUCCGGAGCAUGGACCGAAAGAUACAAGCGUGACGUCGGGACCGGAAAGCACACCGAAUUCUUCCAAUUCCGAAGAGAGGGGAAGAACGAGAAGAAAACGUCGAGAUUUCUUUGGCACGAUAAAGAAACGGCUGAGUCGAUCGAAGACGAGAAGCAGAUCGGUUGGACCGGAAGGCGAUGCGAAUCACGAGGAUCCACACUCCAGAUCUAUAUCCGCGGACAGGGCUCGCGAUCCUGGCUCGGCUCGUUUAUCGAUACCAGGGAGGGAGGAACAAUCGAGGAGAUCGAGUUUGAGCGAGGCAUCCGGUAUAAGCGGGGCGUCGACCAAAACUUACAUUAACGAGGCUUCUACAUUGGUCCUCGAAACGCUCGAGAACGGUAUCAAAAAGCAUUACCUAGUACCGUUGUCGCUCGCACAAAAAAGUAAAUGGCGAAAGAAGGGCACAAAGCUUCAUAUAUUUAACGAUCACACUUUUAUAGCGAAACACAUGGCUGGAGGGACAGUGUGCGAAGUGUGCAAGAGAACGCUUGCGCGGAGAUUAGGCAAACAGGGUUACGAGUGUAGAGACUGUCAAAUGAAGUGUCACAAGCAUUGCCAUGUCAAGGUAGAAACUACGUGUCCCACGUCUACGAUUCAAAGCAUCGAAUUAACAUGCAUAAAAGUUCCACGAGCUGAGCGCAGAUCGACGAAUCGGUUGUGCUGAUCAACACUUGAACGAAUGCCUUCGAAUAAAUUAAAACGUUUCAUCCUACUUGGGGGACUCAUGUCGAAGAAAUUUCCUUUGUUGAAAUUAUCCUUCGAAUCGCUUCGUACGUAGCCGCAUAUAUCCGCGAGAGGGAAUCACGCUACAUACAAAUUGAUAUUUACACGACAUUGUAGACAAUCUUGAGCAAAGCAAAGCCGCGAGCUUUUGUUUAACGAUAGGCGUUAAGAUUUGCACGAAGCGGCUUUGAACGUCGUAGCACCGUUCCGUUAUUCGCUAUUCUUAUUAUCACGCCUUUUAAUCUAUACACGAAAUUAAUAAUACACGAACACGUGAACACGUGAAAACGAAGAAGCGAACGAAACGAAACGAUAUAAAAAAAAAAAAA